UUUUCCGUAGAUUAUUGAACUGGUUAUAGUAUAAUAUUUUUUUUGCUAAUGUAGUAGAUUCAGCAUUCGGUUUGAAAUUCUUUUACAUUUAGUGUCAAUAAAAUUGGAUUCAGUAGGGCAAACUAUUUGGUAAUUGUGCGUUUUUGCUUCUCUUCUCAACGGGCGCAACCUGUUUGAUAGAAUGCCUUAGAGAAAGGUAGUCUGGAUUAGCAGCCUAAUAGAGAGCACUUUGAUGAUUUAUAAUGUUUCUUUUGUUGCGGCAGUUGAAUACACAUGGGUUCGGAGAUCGAAACAGUCGAACAGAGAUUAAAGUCUUUUACGGCUCAGCUCCAGACAGAAUGUGGAAUUCUUGAAAGACUUGUGUACAAACACAAGAAUCAACAUCGAAGAUGCUCGUACUUUCAGUAUAUUCUCAAGGUGAGAAGGGAUUUGAAGCUUUUGAAAUCAGCAAACUUGGAGGAUAUCUUGGAUACCUCCUUUAUUGUGGUCAAUGGGAACAGGCCGAAGCAAAAAGUUCAGCUUUUGGAAAGUCUGAAGAGGAGAAAAUGUGGUGGUGGAAAAUAUAAUUUUUUGGAGAGGCUUUUAGGAGUUAUCCGCCUAUUGUCGCAGAUGGCUGAACCGAUGAUCAGGGCAGCUAUGGAGAUAUCAACGCUACUUGCUCGGUCGUUUUUCAUGAAAUUUUCACUGACGACAUUGGCUGUGAUUGCACGCAUUCGAGUACUGGUUCAGCAAAUACUUCUUGAUGCGGUUCUUCUGUACAAUACUGUCUCAUCACUUUCUCAAAAGGAACAGACUGUAAAAUUAAAUCAAGAAGGUUUCGAGGUUUUUAGAGAAUACUAUCCAAUAAAGGAGGAAGCUACUACAAUGCUAGAAUGCAUUUGGCAGACAGAUAAGUAUAUCUUAGUUGAGAAGACGUAUAAAAGUGAGAUCAGUAAUCAAGAAAAUGACCGCGAAGAUGUCUCGCUGAGCGCACCGAAAAUUCAAUACGAAAACAUCGAGGCUUUACUCGGAGUUGAUGAAUCGAGUACAAUGGCAGCCGGUUCUGGUUCAGCAGAUCCAAAAAAGGUUGAAGAAAAUGUUGGUGAUUUCGGUGUGAACAAAGACAAAAAGCAUGUUGAAGUCGACUUAAAUUCAGCUUUAGCUUCUUCAACUGCAAAUAUAGUUUCGUUAGAAGAGUCAACUGCUACUAAUUCAUCAGAAGGAAUGAUUCUUGAGUCAGAUAGUGAAAAGCUGGUCGAUGAAAAAAGCACGAGUCCUUCACCGAAAGCUGCUAAACUAAGAAACGGGACAAAGAAUAAGGUGGCGUUUGUGUCUGUUAAACCGCCAGCUCCUCCAUCAACGGCAAAUCAAUCGACUUUCAGUGUAAAGAAUGGGGUGGAUAAUCAAGAAGAAGAUUCCUUUUUCAAUCUCCUUACUGGUGGAAGUAAGAAGAGGAGUCUCUUUUAACUAAUACUGAUUCUUUUUUUUUUUUUUUUUUUGUUUAUAAGACGGUCUUCAACUAAAGGUGUAAACGAAAUGAGUAGAGGCGGACUCGGAUUCAUAAGCAAUUUAGUCGAGUCCGAACGAGCUUUCGUUGAGCUCUAAUACUAUGUUCUUUAUACACAUUUUAGAAUUAUUUUGCUAAUCCGGAUUGAGCUCGACCUGGAUUCGUAAUAUAUUUAACGAAAAUAUAUUUUCAAGUUUAGUGAA